GAGAAACAUGAAUGAGAAACAUGCUCACCUCAAAUAAUGAGUGGAAUAUUUCUUUUGCUGGUUGUGGAUUUUUGGGAAUUUAUUAUUUUGGAGUGUACAGUUCUCUGUUGGAACGGGCUCACCACAUAAUAAAAAAUACCAGUAAAAUUUGUGGUGCUUCAUCAGGAGCGCUGAUAGCAGCUAUGAUAGCAUGUCAAAUGUCACCAGCAAAGUGCUGUGAAAAUCUGAUGGCAAUAGCCAAAGAGGCUCGAAAAGGCACACUGAGCUCCAUGCAUCCCUCCUUUAAUCUGUUGAAGUUAACCAGACAGCUUCUGGUCCGAGAGCUGCCUGAUAAUGCUCACCUCCUUGCCAGUGGGAAACUGUGUGUUUCGCUAACACGUCUUUCAGAUGGGAAGAAUGUGCUGGUGUCUGAGUUCAACAGCAAGGACGAUCUCAUCCAGGCUUUGUUUUGUAGCUGUUUUUUCCCCUUGUACUGUGGAGUGGUGCCACCUAGUUAUCAUGGCACUCGCUAUAUAGAUGGUGCUUUGAGUGAUAGUGCUCCAUAUUCCAGUCUGAAGAAUACCAUCUCUGUCUCGCCCUUCUCUGGUGAAAGUGACAUCUGUCCAUAUGACAACCCAGUCUACUGUCAAGAAGUGAGACAUUGCAAUAUGAGCCUUAACGUCAACUUGGCUAACGUGCACCGUGUUAUCCAAGCAUUUUUCCCACCAGAACCUGAGGUUAUGGCAGAGAUUUGUCACAACGGAUACAAAGAUGCGCUCAUGUUUCUGAAGGAAAAUGAUCUCUUAGAAAAGGACUCAUUUAUGACUGAACUUAUAAUAAAUCACAGACAGGAUAACUGUCCCUGGUUCAAUACACACAACUACACAUGGCAAGAUGGUCCCAGAGAACCCAGACGAUCUGGAUCAAUGCAUGGACAGAGCUGUGUGCUGGAUGAACAGGAGAUUAACCUGCUGCCUGUGUCCAUCCAAAAAGUCUUAUGUGAAGCUAGUAUGAAGAAACAUAGAUGGAUGAGUGAACUGUUUGCAGUGAAGUUGGUCACAUCCAUACUGAUGGUGUGUAUUUUGCCUGUAGAGGUCAUCUACUCCAUGCUGCUAAGAUCUGCUGGCUGUGUGUUGGAGAUGGUGUCUGAUCUUUUGUGGCUGUGGGAAGUCACCUCGCAGAUGAAAGCAUUAGUGUGGAUGAAACUGUCCUGUAAAAGGUUUUCACACGGCACAUUCCACAAGCAAAUAAGAAAUUGUACAGGUGUAGAAAAGCUAAAUGAUGUGCAUGUGUCAAACAUCUGUAAAAUGGCUGCUCUGAAUUAAUUGUGUGUUGUUUUUUUUUUUGUUUUUUUUUUUUAGCAUACCACCACUGAAGGUUUCAACUCUACAUCCUUAGUCUAUCUAACCAGGUCAUGGGCAUUCCAGUCUCAUCAAUGUCCACACCUGUUCCUGCUCAGGCUAAUUUUGUAACUUUUCUUUCACAUUUUUUGGAUCAUGUGUGACAAUGCAAAUGUACUAGAAAAGGAACAACAACAAAAAAAGAAACAUUUACAAAUGUACACCUGGAUUCUUGUUACUAGAGAGUUUUUUUCCAUAGUAAGGUAAUUGUAAUGACAAAUAAAGGAAUAAUUGUUCUACAGAAUAUUACACUUGAAUAAGUUACACAUGCUACUCCUGAGAUACCAGUGAUCCUGACCCGUUCUGCUCUCCGGAUCUACCUGAUCCAUUCUGAUGCCCUACUUCUGGUUGGCGUUCUCAUCACUUGGAAAUCACUCACUGUUGCUGAGGAUGGCCCCACAUGGACAUCCUAAAGAUACAGGUGCAUCUCAAAAAAUUUUAAUAUCGUGGAAAAGUUCAUUUUUUCCAUUAUUUAAUUCAAAAAGGGGAACUUUCAUAUAUUCUGCAUUCAUUACACAUAAAAGGAAAUAUUUCAAUCAAAAAUCCAGUAUCUCAAAAUGUUAGAAUAAUAUUGAAUUGAAUUUAAAUUGAAUAAAAUUUUAAUAUAGGGAAAAUGUAAUGUUUACAAUAAGAGUAACAAAAUAGCACCAAGAGUGUUUUAUAUAAACAGUAAAACCACAGUAAAUCAAAGCUUUAAAAUUCACACAGUACCAUGUGUCAUUAAAACUGUGUUUUACAGUACUUGAGAAGGCGGUGUGACCGUUUUUGACACUUGAAUUUGUAAUUUCAUGUCAGAGGAAACAACUACUCCACAAAUACCAAUAAAUACCACCAGUAGUCACAUGAUUGUAUCAGUAUAAUCUUUUAGAACUACACCUUGAAGGAUUAUGGUGAUGUCUUUGCUUUGAUUAAAAAUAUUUUAAUGAUUUCACCUAUGCUCAUCAAUAUGUGUAACUAAUAUUUGGCUAUGUUAAUAAAGUAGAAUCAAUAUGUAUAACCAACAUUUACAAUUAUUACUUAGAAGCAUAAUCUAAUAAUCAAUAUUAGUUAACAAGCAUAAUCUAUAUCUAUAAUCAAUAUUUAGAAGCAUAAUUUAAAACCAUAGAACACUUUUUAAUCAAGUUACAGUCUAAGUGUGUACUGAGUUAGAGGAACUCUGUGUCUUACUGCACAGUAAUUGUUUUUCUGUGUCAUCCUGUACCUUUCUGCACAGCAAUACAUUGGCAUUAGACAUUCACUGAAACUGCUUUGAAGCUUGCAAACCAGUAUCAGGCUGAGGUAAGGCCUAAAGUAUCAGGCUGGGAUGAAAGCCAGAAAAUCAUUAAGGUAGGAAGUGAAUUGGGUGAGAGCCAGAGAUUCAUUAAGGUGUAGACUUGAAUUUGGGACAGAGCAAAAAAAAACAACCUUGUCCUUAUAAAACCUUUCUAAAAAAGAAACUAACUGCGCAUGCUCCAUAAAUCUAAAAUAUCAUAUAGACAUGAAAAAUUGAUUGUGACGAAGAAGACUGUUCUGUUUUUAAUGAGAAAAGUUAAAACCCCGCCUAAGAUGAGUCCGCUGUGCAGAAAGGUAUAUAUAUAUAUAUUUUAAAAAAAGGCUUGUGUGUGUUUGCAUAUUUUAGACUUUCUGCAGAGUCUCACUUUAUUGUUUCAGUAAAGUUUGAUCACUUUUUGGCAUCUACAAACCCUCUGUCUCUGAAGUUUUUUUUAAACUUAGGCUGGAAAGAUUGUCUCCACAACAUUUUGAGGGCUGAAAAGUGCUUCUUCUAGCUGGAGACCCCUGUAAUUUCUUCAGAUACAACUCGCAUACCAGUCUCUGCCUCCAAAGCCUCAGAGAAAAUACGUCCCAAACACAUACGUGGUUCCUAAAGAGAAUAAGCGUUGCGCUUCAAGAUGUGUGGCGACAGGCCAGCGGCUGACAUCACGGAGUUGGUGGAUGUUAGAGACCUUGUUCUCCUCCACCUUCCAUUUGAGGAUGCCCCACAGAUGCUCAAUAUGGUUUAGGUCUGGAGACAUGCUUGGCUAGUCAAUCACCUUCACCCUCAGCUUCUUUAGCAAGGCAAUGGUCGUUAUCAUGCUGGAAUACUGCCCUGCAGCCCAGUCUCCAAAGGGAGGGGAUCAUGCUCUGCUUCAGUAUGUCACAGUACAUGUUGGCAUUCAUGGUUCCCUCAGUGAACUGUAGCUCCCCAGUGCCGGCAGCACUCAUGCAGCAACAGACCAUGACACUCCCACCACCAUGCUUGACUGUAGGCAAGACACACUUGUCUUUGUACUCCUCACCUGGUUGCCGCCACACACGCUUGACACCAUCUGAACCAAGUAAGUUUAUCUUGGUCUCAUCAGAGCACAGGACAUGGUUCCAGUAAUCCAUGUCCUUACUCUGCUUGUCUUCAGCAAACUGUUUGCGGGCUUUCUUGUGUAUCAUCUUUAGAAGAGUCUUCCUUCUGGGACGACAGCCAUGCAGACCAAUUUGAUGCAGUGUGUGGCGUAUGGUCUGAGCACUGACAGGCUGACCCCCCACCCCUUCAACCUCUGCAGCAAUGCUGGCAGCACUCAUACAUCUAUUUCCCAAAGACAACCUCUGGAUAUGACGCUGAGCACGUGCACUCAACUUCUUUGGUCGACCAUGGCGAGGCCUGUUCUGAGUGGAAUCAUCUGCAUUUAAUAAAAAUUAUUUUUUGUGUGUGUAAUUUAAUUAUUUACAGCCAAGCCUCAGAGAAAAUACGUCCCAAACACAUAUGCGGUGUCUACAGAGAAGAAGCGUGUUAUGCUUCUUCUAAGUUGGGAAAUCCGAUAUGAUUUGGCAAACUUCAUUCCUGCAAAAGUAACCUAUAUGUAACAUGACAUAAGGAAAUGACUUUAACGUCCAUGUCACAUUCAUUUUUAAGGUUUUUAUUUAUUAAUGCAUGUUCUCACUGUUCUGCGAGUUGUAUGAUUGAAAUGAAUUUCACAUUGAUCUGUGUUUAUGAAAUAAAUGUUGAUGUUUAUGGCUUA